AUGUCGACAACAAAAAAAUCAAAAAAAUUAACUAAAAAUCAAAUACAAGCUAUUCUAAAUACUGAUUAUAUUCGACAACAUUUAAUUCAAGUUGGUUUAAUUGAUAAUCGAGGAAAUAUUAUUCCUAGAGAUGACGAUCAACAUCGUUCAAGACAACGAUAUGUCUCAAAUAAUAAACAAAACCGACUAUUAUCCGCACGUUAUACAACUGAUGCAUCAACUCCUGGACGUUCAUUAAAUACAAAUGAAUCUAAUUCAAAUCGAUCAUCUAAUUAUAAUUCAAAUGAUCAACUAAAACAAACAAAUAAACCACAAAAUUCAGCACGUUCGCCAUCAUCAAAUCAACGUCCAUGCGUACAAAAUGUUUUACUUCGUCGUACUGCCAGUCCAAAUAUUAUGCCAGUUGGCGAGCGAUGUGUUGUAACAAUGAUGUAUUUUGGACCAGAAUUAAAUGUUGAAUAUGAUCGUAAACAAUUUGAACCUAAUGGAGAUGAAAUUGUUGUAAUGCAACAACAUUGUGGUGGAGAAAAUCUUGUUGUUUUUAAAGGAUUUGUAAAUCCAAAUGAUAUGCUUUCAUUUGAAUCUGCACGACAUAUGGAUUAUCCAUUUGCAUUAACAUGUUAUAUAAAUGGUGCUAUUUAUAAUCGUUUAUCAGUUUGUUGUGAAUCUAGAUGUAAAGGUUUUAAGAGAAUUGGUGGAAAACAUGGUUUUUUUGGUAUAAUAGAUAUUCAAAAAGAAAAACCAUGUCGAAGAUGUCGAUUUGAGCAAAGAAUGAAAAAAUUGAUUGAAGAAGACGAAAAGAAAUCACCAUCUCGUCGUCAAAAAUCAAAUACAGCUUCUAGAUCACGUUCAAAAUCAGCUACAGCUCGGACGAAAAAUUCUGCAGCACCUAAUACUCCUACAAAAAAUUCAAAACCAAAUACAAAUAGAAAAUCAACUUCUCAGUCGACAACUAAUUCGAAAGCAACGGUAAGACGUUCAUCAGAUCCAAACUCAAUAGAAUCUGAAACAUCAAAUCCUAAGACAAUUCCUAAAAUAACUACAACUCGUGCAUCAGAUCCAGAACCUACUGAGUCUGAUGAAUCAAGUAAGAAAACAAUAAAUUUUCACACAACAAAGUCAACUGAAUCGGAUACAACAAGUUCCAAACCAGUAUCGGCUCAAACAUCAAAUCCAAAAUCAAAUACUGAAGACAAUUCAAAUAAAGAAUCAAUUGCAUUACUUAAAAAUGCUCCACCACCAACGGUUAAUCGUACAUCAAGUCUAGAAUCAAUCGAAUCUGGUCCAACAAGUCCGGAACCAAGAAAUACUCGUACAAAAAAUUCAGCUCGUAUAUCAAAUCUAAGAUCCCCUGAAUCUGAUACAACAAAUCCAAAACCAAUAUCAGUCCAAACAUCAAAUCCAAAAUCAAAUACACCUAAUAAUUCAAAUAAAGAACCAAUUGCAUUACUUAAAAAUGCUCCACCACCAACUGUAAAUCGUACAUCAAGCCCAGAAUCAAUCGGAUCUGAUCCAAGAAGUCCGGAACAAAGAAAUUCUCGUCCAACAAAUUCAGCUCGUAUAUUAAGUCUAAGAUCACCUGAAUCUGAUACAACAAAUCCAAAACCAAUAUUAGUCCAAACAUCAAAUCCGAAAUCAAAUACACCAGAUAAUUCAAAUAAAGAACCAAUUGCAUUACUUAAAAAUACUCCGCCACCAACUGUACGUCGUACAUCAAGUCUAGAAUCAAUCGAAUCCGAUCCGAGAAUUCCAGAGCCAAGAAAUACUCGUACAACAAAUUCAGCUCGUAUAUCAACUCUAAGAUUAGCUGAAUCUGACACAACAAAUCCGAAACCAGUAUCGGUUCAAACACAAAAUUCGAAAUCAAAUACUGCAGACAAUUCAAAUAAAGAACCAAUUGUAUUACGUACAAGUGCUCCACCACCAACUGUACGUCGUACAUCAAGUCUAGAAUCAAUCGAAUCCGGUCCAAAAAGUCCAGAACCAAUGAAUUCCCGCACAACAAAUUCAGCUCAAAUGUCAAGUCCAAGAUCAAUUGAAUCUGAUAUAUCAAGUCCAGAGCCAGUUGUUGCACGAAAAUCAAAUUUCAGAGCACCUAAAGCUCGUCAACAACGUCCAGAAAUUACUGAAUCUGAUCUAUCAAUUCCCGACGUAUCAUCUGAAUCAGAAUCUCCAACAACAUUCUCGUCAAAUCAUCCACCUACAUCAACUAGUUCAUCACAUCCAUUUUCUUCGAAUUUAGAAAAGCUAGGAGAAAAAAAUCAUCGAACAAUUCUUUCUCGCUGUAAUAAUAAACAAAAUGAAGCAUCUUCAUCCGAUACAUCCGAAAUUCGACGUAAUCAACAUCAAAAAUGGUCUACUUCUUAUGAAAGACAUAAUUAUAAAGAUGAUAUUUCUUCAGUUGACGGAUCAGAUGAUGAAUUAAAAGAAAUGUUCUCUACAACAGAUCGUCAAUCAAGUAUUGAAGAUUAA